UGAAAAGCGGGCGAGGACAAAGGCGGCCGCAGCCUCCCGGCGCCCAGCCCGAGCGCGCAGCCCGGCCGGCGCGGCGCCGGAGGAUGCGGCCGGGGGCGCGGCGGCGGCGGCGGGGCGCGCGGGGCGGCGCGGGCCGGGCGCGGCGGGGCUGAGCCCAGCGAGGGCCGGGCCGCGGGGGCGCCCGCCCGGGAUGUGAGCGCCUAGCGCGCCGGGCGGGGAGGGCGGGCAGGGCGGCAGGAAGGACGCGCGGACGGGAGGAGGAGCGGCGCCGAGCCGGAAGGCGGGAGGCGCGUCCGUUGGGCCCGCGGCGCGGCCGGCCAGCCGCCUCGUCGCUCGGGCUGGAGCGGGGCCCGCGCCUCCUCCCCGGCGCUGCGGGGAGGAAGAUGGAGACGCACAUCUCGUGCCUGUUCCCCGAGCUGCUGGCCAUGAUCUUCGGCUACCUGGACGUGCGCGACAAGGGGCGCGCGGCGCAGGUGUGCACGGCCUGGCGGGACGCCGCCUACCACAAGUCGGUGUGGCGGGGGGUGGAGGCCAAGCUGCACCUGCGCCGGGCCAACCCGUCGCUGUUCCCCAGCCUGCAGGCCCGGGGCAUCCGCCGGGUGCAGAUCCUGAGCCUGCGCCGCAGCCUCAGCUACGUGAUCCAGGGCAUGGCCAACAUCGAGAGCCUCAACCUCAGCGGCUGCUACAACCUCACCGACAACGGGCUGGGCCACGCGUUCGUGCAGGAGAUCGGCUCGCUGCGUGCUCUCAACCUGAGCCUCUGCAAGCAGAUCACCGACAGCAGCCUGGGCCGCAUAGCCCAGUACCUCAAGGGCCUGGAGGUGCUGGAGCUGGGUGGCUGCAGCAACAUCACCAACACCGGCCUCCUGCUCAUCGCCUGGGGCCUGCAGCGCCUCAAGAGCCUUAAUCUCCGCAGCUGCCGCCACCUCUCAGACGUGGGCAUCGGGCACCUGGCCGGCAUGACGCGCAGCGCGGCCGAAGGCUGCCUAGGCCUGGAGCAGCUCACGCUUCAGGACUGCCAGAAGCUCACGGACCUAUCUCUGAAGCACAUCUCCCGGGGGCUGACGGGCCUGCGGCUCCUCAACCUCAGCUUCUGCGGGGGCAUCUCAGACGCGGGCCUCCUGCACCUGUCGCACAUGGGCAGCCUGCGCAGCCUUAACCUGCGCUCCUGCGACAACAUCAGUGACACGGGCAUCAUGCAUCUGGCCAUGGGCAGCCUGCGCCUCUCGGGGCUAGACGUGUCCUUUUGUGACAAGGUGGGGGACCAGAGUCUGGCUUACAUAGCGCAGGGGCUGGACGGCCUCAAGUCCCUGUCUCUUUGCUCCUGCCACAUCAGUGACGAUGGCAUCAACCGCAUGGUGCGGCAGAUGCACGGGCUGCGCACGCUCAACAUCGGACAGUGCGUGCGCAUCACGGACAAGGGCCUGGAGCUGAUCGCGGAGCACCUGAGCCAGCUCACGGGCAUAGACCUGUACGGCUGCACCCGCAUAACCAAGCGCGGCCUGGAGCGCAUCACGCAGCUGCCCUGCCUCAAGGUGCUCAACCUGGGACUCUGGCAGAUGACGGAUAGUGAGAAGGUCAGGUGAGGGCGGCAGCGCCAGCUCCCCUUGUCCCGCCCCGUUCAUCUUCCUGUCACCACCACGGCCCCCACGGUCACGCGACACGCACACGUAGACACAGAUGAUUGCGGUGGAUGCAGCGGGGGCGAUGACACAAAGCCUCAGGCUCAUCCCCCCACCCUUACCCCUUUGCACCCGGGGUCCCUCUGCUGCCCCUUCCCCCUCCCCCCUUUUUUCCCUGCGGAUGCAGAGAUGGACUCGCCGCUUCCCACCCACUGCUCCCUGCAGGGGUUUGGAGGAUGGAUUGAGCUACUGUGCUCCCGCCGCGCUGCAUUUGGGAAUGGGGUGGGGGUGGGGAGUGACCAGUCCUUUCAACCCUGGGGAGUUGAGGAAAAUGUCUGCCUUCACUUAAGCUUUCAUUUGAAUACUGUGAUCUGGUUUUUAUUUUGAAAUGUAUAAAAGCAAACCCAACUACAACGGCCUUUUCACCCUUUUUCCACUUUGUAACUAAUCCCAGUCUUUCCUCAUCACUCCUGCUCUGACAGUGCUCUGCUACUCACGCUCAUUUCAUCUGUAUUGUCUUUCUUUUUUUAUUUUUUAAAGAAAUUUGACAGCAUGGUCCCCCUUUUUUUUCUGCUGAAUAUAUUCUAUAUAUUAUAUAUAUAUAAAUUAUAUAUAUAUAUAAAUAUAUAUAUAUGUCUGGCUACCUCGUUUUGGUUUACUUUUUUCUCCGAAGUCCUGGAAUUCUACAAGAGAGAUAUUUUGAGACUGAAUCAUUUUUGUGCCUGGACUGGAAAGAUGCCCACUGGGUUUGUACGCUUUUUGUUUUGGCUUUUUCCCAAACCCCGUCCACCCAGUGUACCCCACUUCCACAUUCCGGCUCCAGUUUUCUUCUUCUCUUUGUCUAUAGGGAUUUCAGGGCCCACCGGUGUUCCUAAAUCUUCACUUAAUUUAUAGCACAAUUGUGUGGGAGACAAGAGUUGAACUAUUUUUUUUUUUUUUGGUCUGUUUGAGAUGCAGAUUGUGUCUUGAAAAUGAUGAUUAUAUAUGCAAAGUCUGCCCUGCCCUCUCCCUCUUCCAAGUUUCCCCACGAAAAGGUCACACAGUGAGGCUUCCUGUUGGGAGCAGAGGAGCUGAGUUGGCUUAUAGAGCCCCUGGGGCUGUAAUGUGAAGGGGAGGAGACUGAAAUUCAUGUCUUAUCUCUGUUCUGUUAAUACAAUGCGAGUUUGUGGGUUUUUAAAAAUUCUGUUUCUCAGUGGAGGAGUAGGUGACUGUCUGGACUGUCUUUAUUUUGGGGGGGUUGGAACUUGUGGCUUUAAAAAAAAAUCACUUUUGAGUAGGAUGUAUAUUUUUGUUGGUUUUUUUCAUUUGUUUGUUUAUUUUUUUAGAAUCCUCCACAGCAACAUGCGAGACCAUGGAGUUAAACCCAGAGACCUUUAUCAAUUAAUUGUACUGUUUGUGAAUUUGUAUAAAUAAUAACAAAGAUCCUCUUAAAACGUUUAUAUUCUUACAGUAAAGGUUAAACUGAUAUUUAUAUAAUAAAAGAGGAAAUAUGAAGUAUGUUUUUGAAAAAAAAAAAAAAAAAAAAAGCCUUGUAUCUGUGAAUUCUUUUUAAGGCAAUGUGUGUUUGGGUCCACGCCAAAACAGGAGGUGCUGUUCCUGUCUCUAAAGUCAAAGUAUAAGGUGUAAGUUCCGUGCAUCCUACGUGGUGUGGGUAAGCUCGUGGUGAAAAAUUUAUUCUGUGUAAGGUUUACUACUGACAUCUAAAUGUUUUGUUUUUAGAAAUGUGAUUAGAAUGUCAACAACGUGGAAAUUUAAGAAACUGAACAAAAUGAAACUUUUUCUUAAACCAGA